AUCAGUUUACUGCUAACUAGCCUUGAGUGCGUACCUAAUCUUGCAGCCGAUAAACUAUUGUUUAUAUCAAAAAUAUUUCUUCAAUUGAAACUUCUUUUUUUCUUCACACCAAUAAUGUAAUACUAAAUCACAUUCUACGAUACAAGUAUAAAAUUCUACGUUAUGUAUGUUGAUAUAAAAUUGUUUAAAAACUUUGAUUAAAUAAAUUCUUUAAAUAUUUAUUAAAUACUCAUAUGCAGUUGUAACUCUGUGCAAUACAUAUGUGAGAUACAGAUGUUCAUUGGACAUGAUUAAAAAAUGAACUUAUUUUUCAUGUAUAACGAGUGCAUAAAAUUCAAAAUUUCAUCAUAAAGUGUUGAGAAUAGAUUUAUAAAAUUUUCUGAUGAGGUUGAAAAAAUAAUAAUUAUUGGCGGUAAACUGGAUUAAAAUUUUUAUGGUAAUUAUCUUAAAUUAAAGCGUAAAACGUUGAAUGUGUUCGAAUGUAAUAUUUAAUACGCGUAACAUAUAAUAAAUUUUGAUUAACAAGCCGUUUGAAUUACGUAAAUUUAAAUGGAGCUUUACAAGUGGUCCACAAUGGAUUUUAUAUUAACAGUUCUUCCAUCGAAAGAUUGUAAACUAUUUAUCAAUUGAAAUUGUUAUAAACAAGUUCUUACAAGUCGGAAAGAUGUUUUAUUCCAUUGUACAUUUGUUUCACAAUGCCCGAGUAUAGUAGCUUACAGCGAAACUUACAGUAAAAUGAAAAGAAAGAAAUUACUAUACAAAACUGACAAAUACUGAACGAAGAAAAGAUGACGGUCUCGUACCAGUAUCAAGUCGCAAACUCUACCAAAGGUGGAUUCACCAGGCUUCUUUUUAUGUGGCGAGGAUCACUCUACAAGCUCAUCUAUAGAGAACUACUUUUAUUUCUAAUUCUCUUUGCAGCACUUUCCACUAUUUACCGUCAUAUGCUUAAUUCCAAACAGAAAAGAGACUUCGAACAAAUUGUUAUUUAUUGCGAUAAUUUUAUUAAUUUAAUUCCAUUAAGCUUCGUUCUCGGAUUCUACGUGUCUUACGUUGCUCAAAGAUGGUGGCAACAAUAUCAAGCGAUACCUUGGCCUGAUAAGGUGAUGCAUUUAAUUGCUUUGUACGUUACUGGAAAUGACGAAUAUGCUCGUAUGCUUCGGAGAGCGAUGAUGCGCUACUUGAACCUUUCGUUGAUACUCGUUUUACGUUCGAUCAGUUCGGCAGUGAAAAAACGAUUCCCGACGCUCGAUCACGUCGUUGAUUCUGGUUUUAUGACGGCGCUUGAAUUGGAUUUGUUUUUGGCAGUGCCGAGCAUAGAAUUUAACACUUAUUGGAUCCCUUGCACAUGGUUUAUCAAUCUUCUAAAAGAAGCACGCCAAAAUCACAAAAUUCCCGAUUCUCAAGGAUUAAAAUUAAUUAUGGAGGAAUUUAAUGAAUUUCGUACAAAAUGUGGCCUUUUAUGGAGCUACGAUUGGAUAUCAAUUCCGUUAGUUUACACACAAGUAGUAACAUUGGCAACGUACAGUUUCUUCGCAGUAGCUUUAAUAGCUCGCCAGUACAUCGAUGGUAAAGAAAAACAAUUCCAGUUGCAGAUUGACGUUUACAUACCUAUUUUUACGAUCCUACAAUUUUUCUUUUUUAUGGGCUUGUUAAAGGUGGCAGAACAAUUAAUUAAUCCUUUUGGUGAUGAUGAUGAAGACUUCGAACUAAAUUGGAUAAUUGAUCGUCACACAAAAGUAUCAUAUCUUGGAGUAGAUACUCUUAUGAAUCGAUGUCCACCAUUGGUCAAAGAUAUUUAUUUUGAAGCUGAAAACUUGAUUUUACCAUACACUGAAGCAGCUGCUGCUUAUAAAAAAAAAACUUAUCGUGGUAGCGUUGCAAACAUGACGGUUCCUGAAGAAAAACAAACCAUGUUUCUGCCAGAAGUUAUAGAAGAGGAAGCAGAAGAUAUAAAGCCAUCAUAUCACGCAUCAACAAUGAGUUUAGCUGGUCAUCCAAAUGAUAGCCCAUCAUGUGAAAGACGAUGCAUUUGUUUCAGCCAGAUCAAUCCAUAUCAUGAAAUAUCUAAGACUAAUCAAACUUCUCCUGAGACAAUUUUACAAUUUGAUAUUCAGGAACCUCCGGUCCCAACGGACCAAACAGGACAAAAAUCAACAAGAAUAAUAGAGACUGUUAAGAAAUUUUCGUCUUUGGGGAAACAUUCGUUGUCACGGAUCGAUACAAAUCGAAGACCAUUUUUCACAUUAGCAAAAAGCCCUAAGGUAGUUAUACAACCUUGGUCGAGUACGUCAAAUUUAUCAAAACCUUCGAUACAAAUGAUAGAUACACCUUUUGUGUACACGGAUAAUGUAAACCCACGGAAAGACGACAGUUCAAGAGCUGACAAACGACUCUCAUUUGAUGAUAGUUCAAAAUACCCUUCACAAAUGAGGGAAGGACAAUAUGACCUUGAAAAUGUACACCCACCGGACGAUGCCAAUGAAAACCCAAAUGAAAGUCCUCAUUCAGAUACAUGCCAAUUACAGUGCCAUCACAGUAUGUACUAUUUAACACUGCCACCUUUGUCAACUCCAGUAAAAGCAAUAAUGCCGGAAGACAGAAAAUCCAAGUUUCUUAUAAAAAGACAUAAAUCAAUGGGGACAAGUAAAAAAAAAGGUAUUCAUUGGAAGCAGAUUAUAAAAACGGAUAUGCCGGUAACAGAGCAAAGAUUACCUUACUCGAGAAGUUCGCCAAAUUUGAAAUUAAGAGAAAGUCCAUUAGAUGUGAGGAGAGACAUAUCUGACACAGAUUCUUCAGGCAAAGAAGAAUAAAUUAUAGAAUUGCAAUUAUAUAUCUAUGUGAUAAUUGUUAAAUAAUGUAAAUAACAUGUUAUAUAAAAGUAUUUAUAACGACAGUAUCAUAAAAA